CGGCCGGUUUCGGUUUCGGUUCCGCUGGCGGCUGAGCGCUGCCCCCGCCCCCCGCAGCUCCCCUGUGUCCUCUGCACUUCCUGCCCGGUGCCGCCGAUGCCGAGCGGAGGAUGCGGCAGGUGCAGGCCUCCUGCUCCGCGCUGCACCGCACGGCGCUGGGACGAGCCGCCGCGGAGCCGCUGCCAGGCCAGGGCUUCUGCUGCCCCAGCCAGCCGGAGUCCAGCGAGGAGGAGGAGGAGGAGGAUGGCGGGUGGAUCGACUACACCCGGAGCUACGUCAGCCCCGGCUUCCAUUUCCACGGGACCACCAAUCCCGUCCUGUGCGGGGAGCCGCUGCCGGUGCACCCGGUCCCCGGCUUUCUCCACCUGGGUGUGCACGGCCUGAACACGUCCUGGAGGCGCCAGGUCACGGCGGAGGAAGCAGAGAAGAACGCCAAGGAGCUGGUGGCAGAGGAGGAGCGAAUGAAGAAGAAAGCAGAGAAAAAGAAAUUGAAGAAGAAGAAGCAGAAGGACAGGAAGAAGCAGGAAAAGUUAAAACAAGAGCUAAAAAGCAAGCAGGAGGCUGAGUCGAGUACCUCGUCUCCGAACAGCGCUGCUCCCGGCGAUGCUGAUGGUGCUGAGGAGGAGAAGGGCUGCUCAGCCUCCAGCCCCUCUCAGAGCCUCGGGGACGGAGCGGAGGAGGGAGCAGAGGACCAGAGUGAUAGCGUGGGGGAGGCAGAGGACGAACUGGACUUGAGCUGCACCUUUGUCUUCAAAGCACAGCAGAAAGCAGGUGUGAAGCUGCAAGUGCCUGGGAAGGAGAAACCCACCAAACCCAGUGCUGCAGAGCCCAACAAAGGGCUGCAGGAGACAGCACCUGAGCCCCCGCUGCCGUGCUUGGCUGCCCCACAGGCCCCUGAGCCUGUGCCCCUGGACACAAGCGUGGUGGAGCAGAGCCUGAUUCUUGCAGGCCACGGCAACGAGGCCGCCCAGGAGGGCCGCUACGCGGAGGCAGUGCAGGCCUUCACCGAGGCCGUGAAGCUGAACCCCAGGGAGCACCGGCUCUUCGGGAACCGCUCGUACUGCUACGAGAAGCUGCAGCAAUACGAGGAGGCGCUCAGGGAUGCGCUGAUGUCCCUCAGCCUCCAGCCCAACUGGCCCAAAGGCUUCUUCCGCAAGGGCAAAGCGCUGCGGGGGCUGAAGCGCUAUGCCGAGGCCGUUAGGACCUUUGAGGAGCUGCUGCGGCUGGAUGGUGCCCACGCCGACGCGGCCGCCCAGCUUCAGGCCUGCCGGGCGCUGCUGCAGCAGAGCAGCGCCCACACAGCUGGCGGCCCCGUGCUGGAAGAAGGGGAGCCACCGCUGCCCCUGCCCGAGGAGUGGGUGAACGGGAGCUGCUCCGACACCGACAUGAGUGGCUUUGUGACCGUGGUGAACUCGAGGAGCCACUCAAAAAGCCAGGCCCGGGCCACAGCCGCAGCGAGCAGCAAGCAGCAGCAGCUGCCUCUGAAUCAUCCUGCCAGGGACUGCUAUCCUCUGUGGGUUGGGAACGUCACCUCCAAGAUCACUGAGAAGGUGCUGCGGGACUGCUUCAGCCGCUUUGGGCAGAUCCAGUCCAUCCGGAUGCUCCCAGGCAAACGCUGUGCCUUCAUCAACUUCAAGCAGAAGGCAGCGGCAGAAGCAGCCUACGAGGACAUGCUGGACGCGGACCUGGAGGGAAGCAGGCUGGUGCUGCAGCUCAAACACCCCUCCCACGCCACGCCGAGCCCCUGGCAGCAUCCAUAGGUCUGCUGCGAGGGGGGUACCCUCCGGGGGGGCUCCUGUAGCCAGCAAACCUCGCCAGCUCACGGGGAGCAGAGCCAAGGCCCACUGUGGUGGGACGCUGCCCCCUGUACCGCUGGGACCCUGUCUAGGGGCUGGCCCCAACAGAUUGCUGUGCCGGCACCACCCAGCUCCGCAGCGCUGGGGGAGCCAGCGGGAGCGGGGACCCCUCCUGGCAGGGCUGUGGCCGCGGGGCUGUGACCUCUUGGGAUGUUUCCCCCCAGGCCCUGGUGCCAGGGAGUGAGCACAGCUGGGUUUGGGCCCUCCCGGCGCUUUGUGCCCCGCAUCCCGCAGCAGCAGCUCCUGGCUGUGCGCUGUGCUCUCGGAGCUGGUCCCCAGCCCUGGGAGGAGCCGGGGGCACCCUGCAGGGUGCCUUCCCUGGGCCUCAGCUGGGUGGGGAGUACCUGCCCGCAUCCUCUCUCCCUCUGCAGCAGCAGCCCUGGCCCUUGGCCCUGUGCUGCCGUGUGCUGGGCUUGGUCCCAGCCCCGGGCCCUACCUCCUGCCACCUGGCGUGGCUGUGCCUUGGGGGCCUGCCCCCCCUGGGCUCUGGGCACCAGGGACCGUGCUGCCCCGGGGGCUGCCCACGGAGCUCCUUGUGCCCGGGAGCCCUGCAUGCAGCAGGGCUGGGCCCUGCCCCACAGCGGCAGACGCUGCCUUCAGGGAUUUGUACCUGCUUUGGGUUUCUUAAUAAAACCAAGAGCCAGA